GUGUAAUGCUGUUUACCAGUGUUGGGCGAGUGUUGAAAAAUACCAAUCGCGCUCGAAAUUUGACAGUUGAGCUCAGAAUUUUUAAGCAAGUGGACAGAUAAAAAUUGUUACAAAAUGAACAGGAACCGCAAAAAUCGUCUGAAUUUGUCUCUGGUAAAAAAGUCCGAAUCGCCAAAGUCCCCGGUCCGAGAUAAUUCCGCAGAUGCCACUCCCGAAUGCAUAACUCCAUUUAACUCAAGGAAGCGGAGCAGCACCUUUAGCGAUGGCUCUCCCGUGAUGAACGAUUAUGAUUCGCCGAUCCCCAUGUCCCAGGACACCAGUAAUAUUGUUACGGGAGUUUCGUGGGCAUGGAACAGUCCGAAGCGCACGAUUCCGGAAGAGUGUCGGCCAAAACCGAGACCACUUUUGGCCAGCAACAAUAUAUUUCCACCCAAGGAACCGGAUCUACGCAAAAAAACUACCGGUCGGCUUGUGGGUUUCUACAAGUUUCAGGAGGAAUUGAAAAAGAUUCAGCUGGAAGCUUCUAAGGAAAGUCAGAGCAAAAAAGCCGAAGUUAAACCUCCUCCGGAAUCUCCAAACGGAACGGAUCUGUUUGAUUCGUUUGGAGACAUGGAAGCUGAUAGCGUCGUAGCCCCGACAGUUAUUGCCGCAGAAGUUCAACCGGAUUCUCCGUGCCUGGCUGCGAUUGAUUCGUUCAACGAUUCGGCAUUCGACAGCCUCUUGUUGCAAGCUAGCCAAGUAGCAGAGAGGAAAUCUCUAAUCGUACCAGACGCAGCAGCUGGCAAUGAAGGCCCAACACCUGUGAAGAGGAAGAGUUUCUUUAAAAGCCGCACCAUCAACGAUCUCGAUUCUCUUGCGGUAAAUGAUUUGUUAAACGAUUCAGUUGACUUUUGUCUGAUCGAAGCUUCUCAACUGGUCGAGGGAAAGUUGAAUGAUCCCGACCAAAAGACAACCGAGCCCGGCAGCUCGAAGAAAAUCAGCACAUUAACCCGGCAUAAGUCUCUGCCCGCUUCGCCAAGCCAGAACAAUCCCAUCACACGCAAACCGGACAGUGCAUUGCGUUCAAAUUAUGACGCAAAUCCACACAAAAGCGGCUCGUCUUCCGGUUCUGCAUCUGCACACGCUGCGGCCCCGCCAAAGCCGGUGCGCUUGGAAACGCGAGAACAGACCCGAGCCGUGGAAGGGGUACCGGUGCAGUGCACUAAGGAAGAGAUUGAGCAGAAACGGCAGGAAGCGCUGAAGCGGUUUCGGGAGCGACGGCUCGGACUCGGUAAACCCGUGUUCAACGCGAAUGCUGCUGCUCGCAAACCGUGAUAUGCUGCUGCUGAGAUUCCACUUUAUCGUUUUGUUGAUUGUUAAACUUUUAUCACUGCUCGAGUGAAACCGACAGCGUAUUUCAUCACAUAAGAAACCGCAUAAAAAAAUGUAAAACGUCUGUAUACGUCUGAUUUGAUCACACUUGUUAGAUACUGAUUCCGUGAAAAAGAACGUGAAGUUGAUUCGAAAUAUAUGUUCUGAGAGAAAA